AUGAACGAGUCUCACCCCGGUAGAGGACUAGGUUCCGCGAUCCGAAAUCUGUUCCGCUCCUCCUCACCCUCUCCUCCGCGACGUCGCGUAUCGCGUCUGCUGCGUCGAAGUCGGACUGUGGUCGCCAAACACUCGGAAGAGCAGACAGCCCGUGCACCAGGGCCAAAAAGCGUCUCUCCCGAUCCAGACCCGACGGCGAUGCUAGGACUCUCCGAAACGCCUCAAAGUGCGAAUCACGACAGUUUCGACAUCUUCGAAUGGUAUCCCCAUUACCAGAAUUGCCAGCGUUACUUCCUGGACCAUGCGCAACACAGCACACCUGUUCAGGCGGUGUCCGCCUACGUGAACAUUCUACUUCCGUUUCAACGACAACCUUAUCCGGCUCAUAAUGCCUCUAGCGGGCCACUUUCGAGUACGGCCGACGGGAUUACCCCGGAAUCUUCAUCGACGUCGAACGCACUACCACCGCCAGUUUCUCUGUUGCCGUACAUUCGCCGCCUUGUAGCGACAGGAAUGGAUUAUCCUGGGAUGCUCCAUGGAUUCUUCGGUGACGACUGGCAGGCGGGGGUAGGCCCGUUGCACGAAAAGGAGCGUUGCAACUAUCUGCUCGCGGCGAGGAGUGGAGGAUGGGGUGUGGUGAAGAGCGAAUACGACAUCUCCCCGCUGGAGACGAUUCCCUUUUUACGGCCCCUACAAGGACCCCUGGAGGAGGAGUUUGUGGCGGCGUAUAAAAGCUGGAGUGAGUGGCUUCUCUUGAGAGACUGGGAAUUUGGACCUCGGGCGCCGGACGGCCUGCAAGAUUCAUCCUCUCAAUCCUCACGACCACAGAGUGCACGAGAAUGA